AUGGAGCUCACGACUCCUGAGAGACGAGAGCGUCCCUCGCGAGCUGCGGCCCCCAAGAGUUUUAAGGAUCCCGAAAGCGACUCUGACGAGCCAAUCAUCCCACGCUUCCGCUCCGUGUCUUCCGCGAGAUCUCGAUCAAUUCAUGUAAAAGAUGAGACUGUGCACUCCAGCUCCGAUCCUGCGGUCGAGACUUCUCCUCUUCUCACCUUAAACCAGUCCGCUGUGCUUAAGAAACGAUCAUCCUCCGACGAGGAAGCCGACUCUCCCAACAAAAAGGUGCGGAAGAUUGUUCUUAAGACCAACAAGUCUGCGACCGCCAGCAACAAUGCUUCCACUCCCAGGCCAGUCACGCCGGAUCUCUCGCACGCUGAGGAUUCGCCCUCUAACAACCUUUCUGACAUCCAAAGCCUCCAUGAAGGCCUGACAUCUGUCCAGAAACGAAUCUCAACUACUCUGCGCAAGACUGAACUCGCGGUUAAGCUUGACGCGGCCCAGAAGAAAAUCGCUUCUCUUGAACGCCAAGUCCUCGAGGCUAGUUCACCGGACGACAGCACUUCCAAGCUCAAACAAUGUGAAGAGAAACUCGCCGCGGCCAUGAAGAGAAAUAGUAGACUGGUUAACGACAACGUUGAACUCACCAGAAACCUCAAGGACACACAGGCUUAUGCCAACGGCAGACAGGCCUAUGCCGACGGGUUGAGAAGGGAAAUAGCUGUCAUGUGUGAGGAAAGAGACCCCAACUUCAAUGAUGCAUUCAAGGUGACCGACGACGAGGUCGAACGUGCCUGGAACGGUAUAAGAUACGACAUCUUCAGCUUCGUUGCUCAGGUCCUCACAGUAAAGCCUUUCCGAAAAACGGCACCCCGGGGAGCAGAUCACAGCGUGGUCGAAGCGCUCAAAAAGGAGCAAAAGAAAGAUGCCAAUCUGGCUGAGUUCUAUUUUGAGCAGUAUAUCUGGAAGUGCCUUGUUCUUCACAUUUUCCAAGGUGAAGCAGCCAUCUUCGGUGGUCCUGCAGGCAGAGUUUUCCAGUUGUUCUGCUUGGACAUCUCUAAGAUCGAUUGCGAGAGCAUGCCAGAACUGAGUCGUGUCAAAGCUCACACAGCCAACCUUUUAUAUAAGCAGUUCGACGAAAACAACCAGAAAGAGGCUAAAGGCAUCGUCGACAGGAUGAAGAAUGACCUAGCCAUCUUCAUGGGCUCUGACCAGGAACACAAGGCGGAAGAGAGGCUUAAAAACAUUGUCAGCAAAGCGGUCUGGUUGAACAGCCAGUUCCUCAAGUCUAGGGCGUUCUUCGUGACAGACUGGGACAUCGACGACGAGUGCGAUAACUUUGACGACCUCAAUGUUUGCCACAGAAGUGGUAUCCAGGGCGGGAAGCCAGUCGUUGGGAUUCAUGUCUCGCCCAGACUCAGCAAGAUUGGCAAUGCCGAUGGCGAAUUCUUCAACUCGACCAACGCCAUGGUCAUUUGCAAACCAAUAGUCACGCUGAACUAUGAAUAA